AUGUGUUCUGAAUUAAUAUAUGGAGGGAUAACAAUGAUUGACCACGCAAUUGAGAAACAAAAUUGCUGUCUAGAACUAAAAAUUCGUCCAAAGUCACAUAGUCCAGAAGUCCAAACUCUGCAGAGCUGAAAAUUCCUUGCUCAACAGUUAAAUGCCACUGACCCACCGGAAUAUGACCGGAAGAAACCACCACCCGGCCGCCGCCGCUACUAAAUCUCGGCGAUCUCCGCUCAUUCUCUUCACUCUCUCCCUCAUCUUCCUCUCCGUCCUUUUCUAUAUCAUCACAUCGGCUUCUUCCCCAUCUCUCCAAUUCCACGCAGCUCGAAACCCUAACGUCGAUUACUCUUUCACCUCCUCACUCGAGAAAUUCCUUGCCAAUCACAACUCAAAAUCGUCCUCCACCCCCGGAGACGACACAGUUCGAAGGAAUGCUACAGAGCAGGACGUGCAGGUGUUCGACGAUUUGAUCUCUCAAGGACAGGAGAAACGUAUCUAUGGAGGUGAUGAUCCGUUUCGUUCGCCGAUUAGGGUGUACGUGUACGAUAUGCCGUCCAAAUUCACGUACGAUUUGCUCCGGCUGUUCCACACUACGUAUAAAGAGACUGCUAAUCUCACCUCCAAUGGCAGCCCAGUUCAUAGGUUAAUUGAGCAGCAUUCUAUUGAUUACUGGUUAUGGGCGGAUUUGAUAGCUCCUGAGUCAGAGAGGUUGUUGAAGAAUGUGGUCAGAGUAUACAAACAGGAGGAGGCCGACUUGUUCUACAUUCCAUUUUUCACAACAAUUAGCUUCUUCUUGUUGGAAAAGCAGCAAUGCAAGGCGCUUUAUAGGGAGGCCCUAAAGUGGGUUACGGACCAACCAGCUUGGAAAAGGUCUGAGGGUAGAGAUCAUAUCUUACCAGUUCAUCAUCCUUGGUCAUUUAAAUCUGUCAGAAAGUUUAUGAAGCAUGCCAUCUGGCUGCUUCCAGAUAUGGACUCAACAGGGAAUUGGUAUAAGCCAGGACAAGUUUACCUCGAGAAAGACUUGAUACUUCCAUAUGUUGCCAACGUCGAUUUGUGUGAUGCCAAAUGUUCAUUAAAUUCCAAGAGAACCACUCUUCUCUUUUUUCGGGGAAGGCUAAAAAGAAAUGCUGGUGGCAAAAUCCGUGCUAAUCUUGUCACAGAACUUAGUGGCGCCAAUGAUGUUGUCAUAGAGGAGGGUUCUGCUGGAGAAGAAGGAAAAGCUGCAGCUCAGGCUGGGAUGCGCAAGUCAAUCUUUUGCCUUAAUCCAGCUGGAGAUACUCCUUCAUCUGCUAGGUUGUUUGAUGCUAUUGUCAGUGGGUGCAUCCCUGUAAUAGUCAGUGAUGAACUUGAGCUUCCAUUUGAAGGAAUACUUGAUUAUCGCAAGAUAGCUGUGUUUGUGACUUCUAGUGAUGCCUUGCAUCCAGGAUGGCUGUUAUCAUAUUUAAGAGGCAUUUCUGCUGCACAAAUUAGAGAGAAGCAACAGUAUUUAGCCAAGUACUCGAGGCACUUCUUGUAUUCCCAUCCGGCACUGCCAAUGGGCCCAGAAGACUUAGUUUGGAGAAUGAUGGCUGGUAAGUUGGUGAACAUAAAGCUCCACUUAAGAAGAUCUCAGCGGGUGGUGAAAGAAUCCAGAAGCAUCUGUACUUGCGAAUGCCACCGUUCCAAUGCAUCUACUAUUCAAGGAUCUUAAUUUCCAAUUUUUAAUUUCUCAACGAAUUAGAAAUUUCACUUUCCUAUACUCUCUUUAUCCUUUCUCUUUUUCAUUCAUCAUUCUUUUCGCGGCCUUGUGUAAUUUUACAUGUGACAUUAGACCCGCGCGGUUUUGUGAUCCACAGUUUUCUCCCGAUCGGGAUUGCGAAAAUGGUUCAUCUAUUUAUUUCACGCGAUUUAAUAAUAUUUACAUUUUGUGUUAUUUGCCAAUAGAUACCUGAAGUUCCGG